AGCAACCACGGAGAAAAGUCAACUGGCUACUAGGACGGAGUCGGGUCCCUCACUAAUUACGUAUUGUCCACAUCCGUCUCUUACAAGUGGCAAUUAGGGUCAAGUGAAUAAAAGCGGCUGGACUUGGAGUGAGUUACUAUUUUGUGGAGUGGCCGACAAGAUGGCUAUGUCGCUCUUACAGGGAUAUCUGCUCUUAAUCCUCAUCAAAACGUCUCUGCAAGGAGGAGUUCCUGGAGCAGCAGGAGUUCAAGGAACACUAGGACGCCUCUUUCUUCCAAGUUCGUACUUUCGCAGUGCUGGGGUGCAGGCUCCUGGAACUGGAAUUUUACAGCAUCAACUACCUGCUGCAGCUAAAGCUGCCAAACCUCCAGGAAAAGGAUUACCAGGCUACGUUCCAGGAGCAGCAUAUCCCUACCAGACUGGACCAGGAGCUGGAAUUUUAGGUGCCGGAGUUCCAGGUGCCAGUGUGCCAGGGGCAUAUCCAGGUGCAAGACAUCAUGGGCUUGGCGUGCUUCCCGGUGUACCAACUGGAACUGGUUUGAAAGCUAAGCCAGGUGUUGGUGGUCAGUAUGGAUAUCCAGCAGGAUAUGGUGGCUUUGGAGUAGGAGUACCUGUUGGUUAUCCAGUUCUCUCUCCUAAACUACCAGGUGGCUAUGGAAUCCCAUAUAGUGCUGGUGGAUAUGCAGCAGCCAAAGCUGCGAAAUAUGCAGGAGGUGUUCCAGGAGGUGUACCUAGAACUGUUCCAGGAGGCAUUCAAGAUGGGUACGCAGCAGCUAAAGCUGCUAAAUAUGGAGGAGGUGUACCAGGACAAAUUCCAGGAGGUGUACCUGGAGUUGUUCCAGGGGGUGUACCUGGAACUGUACCAGGAGGAAUUUCAGAUGGAUACGCGGCAGCUAAAGCAGCUAAAUAUGGAGGAGGUGUACCAGGACACAUUCCAGGGGGUGUACCUGGAGUUGUUCCAGGGGGUGUACCUGGAACUGUACCAGGAGGAAUUUCAGAUGGAUACGCGGCAGCUAAAGCAGCUAAAUAUGGAGGUGGUGUACCAGGACAAGUUCCAGCAGGUGUACCUAGAACUCUUCCAGGAGGUGCUGCAGAUGGAUACGCGGCAGCUAAAGCUGCUAAAUUUGGAGGAGCACUUCCAUGGCGUGUACCUGGAGGCUUUGUGGGAGCUGUACCUGGAGGUGUUCCAGGAGGGAUUGCAGGUGGAUAUGCGUCAGCUAAAGCUGCCAAAUAUGGAGGUGUUCCACUUGCUGUUCCAGGAGCUGUAGCAGGUGGUCUAGCAGCUGUACCUGGAGCUCAGCCAGGAGUUGUACCCGGUGCAGCUGCUGCAGCCAAAGCUGCAAAAUAUGGAGGUGCUCCAGGAGGUGUAGCAGGUGCCCCAGGAGGUGUUCAGCCUGGAGUUCAAGCAGGUAUUGGUGUAGGUGUGCCGCCAGGCACUGGAGCUGUACAACCUGGCAUCGGAGUGGGUGGAGCUGCUGCAUCUAAAGCUGCUAAAUAUGGAGGUCUUGGAGUAGGUGUGCAGCCAGGCGCUGGCAUAGGAGUCCGCCCUGGCACCGGAAUAGGUGUCCAGCCUGGUAUCGGAUUGGGUGGAGCUGCUGCAUCUAAAGCUGCUAAAUAUGGAGGUCUCGGUGUGGGUAUGCAACCUGGCGUUGGAAUAGGUGUGCAGCCAGGCAUUGGAGUAGGUGUCCAGCCUGGCAUUGGAUUAGGUGUCCAGCCUGGCAUCGGAGUGGGUGGACCUGCUGCAUCUAAAGCUGCUAAAUAUGGAGGUCUUGGUGUGGGUGUGCAGCCUGGCAUUGGAGUAGGUGUGCAGCCGGGCGCUGGAAUAGGAGUCCAGCCUGGCGCCGGAGUAGGUGUCCAGCCUGGCAUCGGAGUGGGUGGACCUGCUGCAUCUAAAGCUGCUAAGUAUGGAGGUCUUGGACUAGGUGUGCAGCCGGGCGCUGGAUUAGGUGUGCAGCCAGGCGCUGGAUUAGGUUUGCAGCCAGGCGCUGGAUUAGGAGUCCAGCCUGGCUUCGGAGUGGGUGGAGCUGCUGCGUCUAAAGCUGCAAAAUAUGGAGGUCUUGGAGUGGGUGUGCAGCCUGGCGUUGGAGUAGGUUUGCAACCUGGCAUUGGAGUAGGUGUUCAGCCUGGCACAGGAGUAGGUGUGCAGCCUGUCAUCGGAUUGGGUGGAGCUGCUGCAUCUAAAGCUGCUAAAUAUGGAGGUCUUGGAGUAGGUGCACAGACUGGCUUUGGAGCGGGAGUCCGGCCUGGCAUUGGAGUAGGUGUCCAGCCUGGCACUGGAUUAGGUGUUCAGCCUGGCAUCGGAGUGGGUGCAGCUGCUGCAUCUAAAGCUGCUAAAUAUGGAGGUGUUGGCGGGGUUCAGCAGCCUGGCAUUGGCAUGGGUGUGCAGCCUGCCAUGGGAGUAGGUGUCCAGCCUGGCAUCGGAGUGGGUGGAGUGCAGCCGGGCUUUGGAGCUAAAGCAGCCAAGCUAGGUCUUGGGCAAGGAGGCUACGGUGGAUAUCUACCCUAUUAUCAACCUGGAGUCGGAAUUGGAUACGGAGCUAGAACUGGACGACUGGGAGGUCUACAGGCUGCAGGAUCCCCUUGUGCAAUGGGAAAGUAUUGUGGACGAAGGAGAAAGUAAAGAAAUAAUUGGAAAAGAAGUGACCUCAAGAAUUCUGGUGCUACUGCAUGAUUCGGAAUGUAAAGGAUGGUGUGGAAUGGAAUUCUCCCUCACCCCCCCUUUCUUCAUUUCUUCUAUGAGACAAUUUGGCUGCAUUCAUUAUCAAUAUCUAAUGGACUUUGUUAUCAAGGAAGCUCUGCUAUAUGUUUUGUGCUUCAAGCAUUUAGGGAACAGCUUACAACUGAGUCCUUUGCUGUUAAUCUCAUUCAUAGUUAACACCAUCCUUGACUUGAUUUGUUUUGUUUUGUGACUCUGAUUCCAGUAUUUUUAAGUUAUAAAAUUGUGUUAUUAAUUUUUAGUUGCUUGUGCUUUGCUUUAUAAACUGUACUGUGAGUGAUACCUGGAUCAUACAGCUGGGCCGUAGCUCCAACCCUUACCAUAAUUUUGGUGCUGAUAAAUCUAUUUUUGAGAGUGGCAGCUGUAUUCAUACAAAUGAUGGCUCAACCUGAUGAGUGGGGCCUGAAGUGACCAAUGCAACCUUUGCAUAUUGUUUUUCUACAUGUUUGUCCACAUGGUCAACAAGACUGCACUUGGAGGCCAAACUAGCUUCCCAGCUAUUAUAUUCCUGGAGAGGUCUGGCUACUUUGACUUGGUAGGCUUUGAAGUUUAUACAAGCUGAGCGACAUUGAGGCAGAUUUUUCCCUUCCUACACUUGAAGCUAAUGAAUUUCUUACACAUAACAAAGUCAGGAAUAUUGGGCCGCUAUCUUGUAUAUUUCUCCUCACCUGGAUUUGCAUCUGGAUGGCUCAAUAGCCUCAGGUUUGAGAACAGGAACAUCUACCCCAUAGCAUAAUAACAUUGAUUCUCUCAUCAUUGGCAGUGGUGUGGCCAGGGUUUUACUACCUCCAGGGUCAGGGUUAUUAAAUAAACUCUGCACAUUUUAACAAUCUGAUUACCUCCACAGCUGUAAUGAUUUCUAUUCUAUUCAAAUGUCCUCUUAGAAUUCUUCCAACUGAAUUAGUUAGGUAAUAGAUUUAUCCAACAAAAACAUUUUGUUUCUAACAUGACUAGUCCCAGCUCAUUGACUUCCCCAAUUUAGAAUUGCAAACAAGUUGAUAGUCCUGCUGUUAGGAGAUGAUCCUCUGUCCAUAUUACAUGCUGUUAUAAUUCCUUGCAGCUUAACAAUGCAGUCUCAGGCAUCAUCUUCUGAAAUUAAUUAUACCGUAAUAAGAGGUUAUAUAGACGUAAUUACAUACAUUUAUUAGAUUAUACCUGAAUUGGGGCUAACUGAAUUGUGAAGAUGCAGAAGCCCACCACAGCCACUCUUGCUAAACCUGUCCUUUCUCUUCAGCUUUCUGCCUCUUCUGUCUGUGUCCACUCUCUCUGGCCCUAUUUUAUUUUUCUCUCACUGUCUUGUCCGUAAGGUAGAAAUUAUGAUCAGUGCUAUUCUUGAAACAGGUUUAAUUGUUAGACUUUUAAACAGUUCAAUGCCUGUGUCAAAAUGGCAGAGAGAGUGGUUUGAUAUGAGCACCUUAAGUGUUCAUAGAUGCUGAUCACAGCUUCUACACUUAACACUACUCACGUCACUCCGUCAUGCACUUCUUUGAUAAGUAAUAUGUCAUAGUAUGUAAUACUUUACAUCAGUUCUGUAAUAAUAAGUACUGUAGCAGAACUUGAGCCCUAAAAUUAAUGAAUUGCUUCAGGUUUGGUGUAAUGCCCAUUCGCUGUAUCUUCAUAAACUGUGUGACUGAGAAAAUACUGGAUGGACUACAAUUCAGUAACAGCUUUUAAAAUAAACAAAAUUGUUUAAAUAAA